AUGGGCCCCCAUUCCCCUUCGUCGAAUCAAUUUAUGGAUACACGUUCGGAGCCUGGGCUUUCUGAUGUACCGAGCACCCCGAUAGCCACGGACAGCCCCGGUCUUCCCCCUGUCUCCCCCACUUUCCGGAGGACCCCACGUGAAGCUUCCCAAACUGUUGCGCAGCCCCUGGCCCCAAGUUUCCCCUCCAUAUCGGAGUCUAGUUUCGGCCAUGGAAAGCUAGCUCCCCUUGCUCCCAAGAACCCUGUGCAAGAAGCUCUAGAUGCCGGUAGUGACGAUCGAAUGGACUUAGAUUUUGAGGAGCCCGUCGCCAGAAUUUACAAACCAAACUGUGUCAAGCCAAGCGGAGGACCAAGUAGUAAUUCUACUGCCAAUCCCGGAGCAAAGGAGCCUGAAGCCACUCUUGGUAAUAACAGAUCAAUGGAGAGAAAACGGAGGAUAAGUGAGAUCGAUAAGUUGAUUGAAACGCUAACCUCGGAAAAGGAUAAGCUGGUAUACGAGGAACGGGUCGAAUUCGGUAGAAAGAGUUUCCCCAGCCAAUCCCAGAGGGCGCCCCAGGACUCCCAGACCGCUGUUACAGGACCUAAUGGGCCCAGCUCUAAAAGGAUUGCCUUGGGAAGGAUUGAAGGAAGCGACCCGGACCAUGACAUGCAUGUGGGCGGUGAACCAGGCGUUGUUACAGCCGAUUCUGAGAGAUCAAACACCAGCCAUGCCCUUCGAGGCUAUAUCCAGCAGGCAACUACUCAGGACCCAUGGCCAGGGAGGUGGCUCGAUCCCAGCACAGGCCCCCACAGCCCGGGUGCAGCGGAUAAGGACCGCGCCAGCGCACUCUCUCCCCAGGGGACCAUGACGGUUUCUUCGCCGACAGGGACCACUGCGGCCACGGAAGUAUCACAACAACCACACCCAGCCGAAGGUCGGCUGGGGCUUUCGCCGCCCUUGGCCAUGGGAUUGCGAGCUCAGCGUGGGGCGAUAUCUAAUAAGCAAACAGGCUCCAAGUACGCCGGCAAUACCGCUCAGUUGAGGCUUGGCCCUGGACCCGGUUCAGGAUUGCAAAAAGGCCCUGCAACCUGUCUGGUCUGUGCAAAGACAUUUCACAGGCCAAGCGAGUUAAAGAAACACAUGAAGCGUCACUCACGCCCGUUUGCCUGUACCUUCCGGGGAUGUGGAAAAUCAUUCGGUUCGAAGAACGACUGGAAACGUCACGAGAACAGCCAGCACUUUCAAUUGGAACUGUGGAAAUGCGGGGUCAUCGCUCCCAAGUCCACCAGUCUUUGUGGUAAACUUUCGUUUCGGAGAGAGUCCCAUAUCACGCACUUGAAGAAUGCACACAACAUUGUUGAUAAACAAGAGAUUCAAAAAUGGACCAACGAAGCGCACAUUGGCCGUAACAACUUCAAGACAUUCUGGUGCGGCUUCUGCUCUAAGGAGAGGAGGGAUGGGUUAUCAAUAAAGGGCUGCGUUGUGCAAUUAAAAAAGAAGGGGCUUGAUGGCUGGGACGAACGGUUCGACCAUCUAGGGAAGCACUUCGAGGAGGGGAACCAUAUCAAGGAUUACACGUUUCAUGAAGACGAUGUGUUUGGGGAUUUGCAGUCUACAGAGGAGGACGACGACGACGACGACGUAGACGAUACCAGGGAAGAGGACGAUGAUACGGGCGAGGAACGGCCCAUAAUCGAAUCCACGGCGCCGCCCGAAGAGGAGAAGGCAGAGAAGUUACAACCUUCCCAAUACACCACACAAAAGGAGGAGGAGAAGGGCAACAAGAGGGAGAAGAGAUGGUAUUGUUGCAAGCAUAAUGUGGGGCGAUGUUCCGAUCCUGGCCCGUAUACCGUGGGCCUAACGGAUUCGUGUAUGGAGUGCUGCCACGAACGAUGUUCGGCAUGCUCGAUUGAAGAGAGAGGAUAAAGUAGCCUUGUGGUUUUCACUAUUACUCGGUUUAUUCCAAUGGGUUUAAUGUUUUUUAUUCGUAUAUCCCUUUCCCGCGAUUGCCAUCAUUACCAUUUUUUAUUGCUUUUUUCACCCUUUUGUUUUUUCCUCCUUUGACCUUUUCGCUUUACUCGAGGAGGAUGGUUCGAAGUAAAGCUUGUUGUAUAGUUAGAUUUUCUUUCCUUUUUCUUUUUCUUUUCUUUCUUCCCCUUUUCUGUAGCAGCGAAAGGUUAGAGGUCAUUCGAUCGGAGUUUUUCAUUCCCGAGAAGGUGAAGCGAAGCAAGGAGAGGGGGAGGAAACAGGAGGGGUAAAGGGGACAAGUGGAAGCGUGAAAAGCAGGGGCGCGGAGGAUAGUAGGAUAAGAGAGGCGGAGGAGAGGGAGGGCUGAGAUAAUCACAUGGCAUCACUCGGA